AUGUCGAAAAGUGCAAGUAAAAAACAUCAAGAAGCCGAAGCUGAAAUUGUAAAUGAUGAUAAUAAUGAUUUUAACCUAUCUGAGGAUGAAGAAGGAAGCAACAAGGAAAAUGAUGUUGGUGAGAAGGAAAAUAAUGAAUCAUCAAUGGUCGGAGAAACAAACAAUUCUCUGUCAAUGUCAGUUGUGGAUCAUCCAAUGUCUCCACAUCUUCCAUUGAAUGAGGAAUCUUUGGCGAAAUCUCCAUAA